AGGUAGCAAAGAAAAAUGUUUUUACAGUCGAUAUUGAUGAAUAUAUUGGCCAUUAUUUUGGCCUGCUGGUUGGGACACGUCACAGGCCAAUCAUCGGCUGAUGAUCAGGAACUUCAAAUCGGCUCAAAAGGGGAAGGACCACCUGAGAAGCAAGAAUUUCCCUGGGGUAAUAACGACUUCAGUCUUGAAAAUAACUUCUAAGCUCCAGAAACACUCAUUAAAAAUAUUUGUACUUGGUUCUAUAAAUAUGUAAUGAACACAUCUUGCUUUUUAUAAAUAAUGCUAUUAGAACCAACAUUGUACCAUACUUUCGGGCUGAUAUGAAACAAAAAUACUGCAGAUAUAUAUUUGCUAUAGCAGCGUAUAGUACAUUAAAAA